CGGGGUAAGGUCACCGCGAGGGGCCAAGCCAGGACUCCGCCUGCAGGCUGGUGGCAUUCCCGCGUGUCGAUGCCACCAUUCGAGCUCAGGCGGAGCGAUGGAGUGAAGGGGUGGCCUGCCCCUCCACACCUGUAGGAUAUCUCGUCAGGUGGGAUGAGAGACUGAGAAAAGAAAUAAGACACAGAGACAAAGUACAGAGAAACAACAGUGGGCCCAGGAGACCGGCACUCAACAUACCAAGGACCGGCACCAGCAGCGGUCUCUGAGUUCCCUCAGUUUUUAUUGAUUAUUAUUUUCAUUAUCUCAGCAAGAGGAUUGCGGUAGGAGAGCAGGGUGAUAAUAGGGAGAAGGUCAGCAAAAAAAACAGCCUACGGGUGACACCUACCAUCAUCUUGACUCCCUGCACCAUCCUUCUGCCACCUUUCCUCACAUCACCUUUGCAGAUCCCCUCGACCACACCCUCAUUCUCAGCUGGUGCUCAUGAAGGACAGAAGAGUCAGUGUCAGUACAAUGUCCUAGUCAUGCCCAGCCUCAGAACUCGCCGUGAGGUGGCAGAGAUGGAGCUCUCAGCUCCAGGACCAUCCCCUUGGACCCCUGCAGCCCAGGCCCAUGUGAGUGAUGCUCCUGCUGUGACCCACCCUGGAUCUGCAGCCUGUGGUACCCCCUGCUGUAGUGAUACUGAGCUGGAAGCCAUCUGCCCUCACUAUCAGCAGCCAGAUUGUGACACCAGGACUGAAGACAAGGAGUUUCUUCACAAGGAAGACAUUCAUGAAGAUUUGGAAUCACAGUCAGAAAUAUCAGAAAACUAUGCUGGUGAUGUUUCCCAGGUACCUGAGCUUGGAGAUCUGUGUGAUGAUGUAUCAGAAAGAGACUGGGGAGUCCCUGAAGGCAGGAGGCUGCCACAGUCCCUCUCCCAGGAGGGGGACUUCACACCAGAGGCCAUGGGGCUCCUUAGGGGCCCCUUUGGGGGGAAAGAUCUGGACUGUAAUGGUUUUGACAGUCACUUCAGUCUGAGCCCAAACCUGAUAGCAUGUCAGGAAAUCCCCACAGAAGAGAGGCCACAUCCACGUGACAUGGGUGGCCAGAGUUUCCAGCACAGCGUGGACCUAACUGGUCAUGAGGGGGUUCCCACAGCUGAAAGUCCACUCAUAUGUAAUGAGUGUGGGAAAACCUUCCAAGGAAAUCCUGACCUUAUUCAGUGUCAAAUAGUCCAUACUGGGGAGGCUUCCUUUAUGUGUGAUGAUUGUGGGAAAACCUUCAGCCAGAACUCAGUUCUUAAAAACUGUCAUCGACCUCAUAUGAGUGAGAAAGCCUACCAGUGCAGCGAAUGUGGGAAAGCCUUCCGAGGGCACUCAGACUUUUCUAGGCAUCAGAGUCACCACAGCAGUGAGAGGCCUUAUAUGUGUAAUGAAUGUGGAAAAGCCUUCAGCCAGAACUCGAGCCUUAAAAAGCACCAAAAAUCUCACAUGAGUGAGAAGCCCUAUGAAUGCAAUGAAUGCGGGAAGGCUUUUAGGCGGAGCUCAAACCUCAUCCAACAUCAAAGAAUCCACUCUGGGGAGAAGCCGUAUGUGUGCAGUGAGUGUGGAAAGGCCUUCAGGCGAAGCUCAAACCUCAUCAAACACCACAGGACUCACACAGGAGAGAAGCCUUUUGAGUGUGGCGAGUGUGGGAAAGCCUUCAGCCAGAGUGCACACCUGAGGAAGCACAAGAGGGUCCACACUGGAGAGAAGCCUUACGAGUGUAAUGAUUGUGGCAAGCCCUUCAGUCGGGUCUCCAACCUCAUUAAGCACCACAGGGUUCACACUGGAGAGAAACCCUAUAAAUGCAGCGACUGUGGGAAAGCAUUUAGUCAGAGCUCCAGCCUUAUUCAGCAUCGGAGAAUUCACACUGGAGAAAAGCCUCACGUGUGUAAUGUAUGUGGAAAAGCCUUUAGUUAUAGCUCAGUGCUCCGAAAGCACCAGAUCAUCCACACGGGAGAGAAGCCGUACAGAUGCAGUGUCUGUGGGAAGGCCUUCAGCCACAGCUCAGCCCUCAUUCAGCACCAGGGCGUGCACACAGGCGACAAGCCGUACGAGUGCCACGAGUGUGGGAAGACCUUUGGUCGCAGCUCCAACCUCAUCCUUCACCAGCGAGUCCACACUGGAGAGAAGCCCUAUGAAUGUACUGAAUGUGGAAAAACCUUCAGCCAGAGCUCAACCCUCAUUCAGCAUCAGAGGAUUCAUAAUGGGCUGAAGCCCCAUGAAUGUAAUCAGUGCGGUAAAGCCUUCAACCGAAGCUCAAAUCUCAUUCACCACCAGAAAGUUCACACUGGGGAAAAACCCUACACCUGCGUUGAAUGCGGUAAGGGCUUCAGCCAGAGCUCACACCUCAUUCAGCAUCAGAUAAUCCACACUGGCGAGCGCCCCUACAAAUGCAGCGAGUGUGGGAAAGCCUUCAGUCAGCGUUCCGUCCUCAUCCAGCACCAGAGGAUUCACACUGGGGUGAAGCCCUAUGACUGUGCUGCUUGUGGGAAAGCCUUCAGCCAGCGGUCAAAGUUGAUCAAACACCAGUUGAUCCACACCAGGGAAUAGCCUGUUGGGCUGGCAGGAGUGAAACUGAGCGUAGUUUCCUCUCCAACUCCUCUUUGGACAACGUCUCAGCCUCUGCCACUUCCCAGACCAAAAGCCUGGACUCAGCUCACUACCUAUGUCCAGUGGCCACAUAGCCUGGUUCCCUCCUUUGAAAUAUCCUUUACAGGCUCCCUUCUCACUGCCACUGCUCUUGCCUCUUGUGAUGUCUUAGGUUUGGGCUUGUUUUUACAGCUUGCAAACGGACUGUACGUUUUUUACAAGGGAGAAGAUUAUGGAGGCUGCAUAUUCAUGAAUAGAGUUUAUUAUUGUAAUCAAAAGUUACCAAAAAAGUAAAGUGACGUUUGGUUUGAGAUAA